CAUCGACAGUCGUUUGUUUGCCGCGCGGCUCAUUGCUGCUAGUUGAUUCGUCGCUAGUCCAUUGUUUCAUCCGCCAUGAAUACCAGUGCAUCGAUGUUUAUUUUCUGGUGCAUCAUAGCAUUUAUUACAAGAGUAUUGGGAGAUAUAAAUUGUGGAGGAUUAUUAACGUUGAAGAAAGGCUCCUGCUCACCACAAAUCGUGUUAACUAUUCCUUCCGAUGGCUCUGGUGUUUAUAACUUUGUUUUGAAUACAUCACUACCGAUCUAUUCUCAUGAGAAUAUAGACGUAGAGCUUGAGAACAAAGAAGCGGUCCAACGAGGCACUGCCAGUUAUCUUGUUUAUGUUGCUUCACACCCUUCCUGCGUGGAUGGACUACGAGUAACACGAAUGGUUUUUAAUAAUCGAGUAUUGUGCGAAAAUGAGCCGUAUAAAGUGAGUACUAAACAAGCAGUGACAAAAUUCUCAUACGAGAGCACGCAUUAUGGUGAAAAAAACAAAAUUACGCAUAAUUCUCUGGGACAAGUUCAAAGUCCACCCCAAAAGCAACGUCCAUUUGAGUUGAAUCUCUGGAACAGUCUGCAACCGCCAUCAAAUAUUGGCAGUGCAUUAACUCAAAUUCCAGGUUAUAAAGGUCAAGGUUUACCUCAAGGUCAAACUGAAGCAUUCCCAAACAAUCCAUUUCUUUCUUCUCUGAAUUCCCCUCCAUCAUCGACAUCAUUACCAUCAUCACAAACAAACAACCAGAUAAAGAACCCAUUUACCGACCAUAUUACUUUAGAUAACAGAGGCGUGUUUAAUAAUAAUCCAUUUCUAAACGGCCAAUUAUCAUUUACCACGCCAACUUCUUCAGUAAUAACUCCCGAACCAACUCCUGUAAACAUUGACACCAUUUGUGGGCUUUCUACAUACGCCCUAGUACAAGGCGGAAGUGACGUGCAACCAGGCGAAUUUCCAUGGCUAGGAGGGUUGUUUACUCGAGCAACCAACAAGUAUCUAUGUACUGUCAAUCUUGUUAGUCAACGACACGCCAUUACAGCCGCACAUUGUUUUGAAUCACCUGAUGAAGCUCAUAUCUAUGGAGUGUUGUGGGGUCAUCCUAAGAGUAGGCGGGGGAAUAAAUCAUACGCACCCCUUCGGGCAGUGCAGAUACAUCCCAGUUACAACCAAUCCGCUAAGCACGAUGUCGCCAUAAUGACACUGGCUGACUCAGUGAUAUUUUCUUUGCAACUUAAGCCUAUAUGUUUAUGGAAGGUGGGGAGAGCAGGUGGGCUAAGAGUAACAGGUAUGGUCGCUGGAUUUGGCCCUGAUUACACCGAUUUGAAGAAAAUAGAGUUUCCUAUUGUAUCUCAGGAAACGUGUUUAGCCAGUAAUGUCAUUUUUCAUUUCGUAACAUCGGAGUUUACGUUUUGUGCAGGAACGCAGAAAAGUGAAGAAGGUCCUUGUAAGGGUGACAGUGGCGCCGGUUACAUGCAAUGGGUGGAUGAUAGAUAUUUCUUACGAGGACUGGUUUCACAUAGUCUCAACGCAAAUGGCAAUUGUAACUUGAGGGAAUAUAUUAUAUUCGCUGAUUUAUCCAAAGAGAUUGCCUGGAUUAGGCAAGCAAUAUCGUGAAAUAACUAGGAAUGUUAUUUUGAACAGGAGUUAUCGAUUAAAUUGUUAACGAUAGUUAACUUGAACUUUUUUAUGUGAUAUAGACAACACAAUAAAGACGUAUCUAUCAA